UCUAAACCAAGCUUGCCUAUAGUUGCUUGCAUCUUUUUCGUUAGUUACAGGAAAUUGAUAGGAUGGCUUCAGGUUUGUCACUGUGUUCCGUUGCCUUGGCUCUGAUGUGGGUUUCCAUGUUGUACCCCAGAGAUCUGGAAGCAUACCCUUUGCUGCCUCUGUCUGAACUUUUCGCCAAGGCUGUGCACAGGGCACAGCACCUGCACCUCGUCGCUGCAGAAACCUGCAAGGAUUUUGAACGAAAAUAUAUCCCAGAAGAGCAGCGCCAUUCUCACAAGAGUUCACCCUCUGCUUUCUGCCAGUCUGAAACCAUCCCAGCACCUACCGGCAAGGAGGAUGCCCAGCAACGAUCGGAUAAGGAGCUGUUGUUGUAUUCGCUGCUUCUCAUUCGGUCCUGGUUCGAUUCCGUUCAGAAUAGUAGGGCUUUCAGAACCUCAGACAGGGUCUAUGACAAAUUGCAGGACCUGGAAGAAGGUAUCUAUGCUCUGUUGAAGACUCUAGAAGAUGGAGGCUCUUCACAAGGUUUUGACUGGCUGACAUUUUUCUAUGACAGGUUCGAUGGAAACUUAAGUGAGGAAGCUUUGAUGAAAAACUAUGGUCUCCUGGCUUGUUUUAAGAAGGAUAUGCACAAAGUUGAAACCUACCUGAAAGUUAUGAAUUGCAAACGUUUUGCAGAGAGUAACUGUACUGUGUAGUGUAAGGUUAUAGACAAAAUGAGUGAGGAAAACUCGAUAAAGACACUCAAAAUGUUACACAGAAUUUGUCUUAAAGUUGAUUAUCUUCAAAGAAGUUAUGUCUAUAUAGUAUAUAUGUUACAUUAAUAGGGGAUCUCUGAUAUGUAGUUGUAGAAAUGUAGAAAUAUUUUCUGCAAUUAUAAUUGAUAUCCAAAAUUCAUUGGUAAAUCUCAGAAAAUAUUUAUAA